CAGCCUCCCUGCUCCUCUCUGCAGUUAUUUAUAACCCGGGCCCCCUGUGAGCGGCCUGAGAAGGAGGCGCGCUGGUCCCGGCUUGGACGCCGGCCUCGGGCUCCUGUGUCACCACAGCCCGGGCUCUGGCGCUGUGGCCGCAGGGCGGUGCUAUAAAUAGUGCACAUCGGGGCCGCCUCCUUUUUCAAGAGAAACGCUGUGCCGACCCCAACUUUCUUUUAAUGCCGCAGGAGUUUUCAGCCCCGGCCUCGGUGUUUGCUGUCUGCUGAUGGGAAAGUCUUCCUCAAUUUAUGGUUCCUACCUCAUCCUUCUGAAGUGCUGGGUAUGUUCAAACCUCUGCCAGAAAAGGCAGCUUUUCGAGCCUUACAGCUAACUCUACAGCUGUUAGCCUCUCUCCAUGACAUUGUGGCCUACCUUUUCAGUUUUGCUAAACUUGGAAAUUGUCCAACAUGUUUUGAAUUUCCUCUAAGUGCUAACCCCCUGAAAGGUGACUGGGGAGGAACUGAGGGCAUUGGGUCUGAGCUUCAAGAGCUGCAGAAAAUGAUUGACAGCCUCCAGAACCCCCAAGACCCUACCCAGGUAUCCCAGGCACUCCUCCUUCGAAGGGAGGUUGUAUUUUUGCAGUUUGAUGCUGCAGUGAGGCACCUCAUCCGGUAAGGGCUGGAGCGUGAAUCCUGUCCAGUUAAUUGUGUAGGGCAUGUGCUUCGACCAUCGAGGGAGGUCACUCUUGGCAAGACUGAAUAACGAGCUUAAAACAGUCACGGGCACAACCUGAUCCAGAACACUGUGACUACCAAAUGUGUCUUGCUGCAAAGCCUGUCCGUGUAGAAUGUGUUCUUUUCGGAUUAUGAUAGUCUUGAUUUUAUUAAAUGUGAUUUAAAUAUAGUUAGUUUGCAUAACAAUGGCUGCUUUUACUGUUCAGGUUGUUUAAUUGGGAAUAAUAUUUUUUAUACUUGGGAAGAUGAUUCUAAGAGUUUUGUUUAUUCUUUUUAGCCCUUAAUUACCUUUCAAAAGAACAGAAUUUUCACUGCACUUGUGAAGCCCCUGGAAUUGGCUACCUGAGUUAAAUUUAUAAAUUCAAAUAAAUAAAUUGUAGCUAUUAAGUACUCUGCAUACAAAAGACAAAGUCUCUUUAGUUAAUUAGUCAUGACUGAUGAGAAAAUUAGUUUGGAUUGAGAGUCAUACUGUUUCUAGGAUAAAUAAUAAGUUUUUUAUGGGAAGGGAAGAGGUCAGGCCUGAGCAUCUCUGCUUAUUCUUAAAUUGUCAAAAUCAAUUAACUUCCUUUGAUUAAUUCCCAGUGUAAGCAUUUAGCCAAUCAGGGGGACCUCAGGAGGCUACGCUCUUACCUGUGGAUUGUAAUUGCAUUCCACCAUUAUUAGCAUGGGCAUCCAUAGAGAAUGGAAAUGUAGGGAUUGAACUGAACUCUAUUUUCUCUUUCUAUUCUGCAUUUUCUUUACUCUGAGUAUCCGGGGUCUCUGGAUUCAAAUUAAUUCAGCAGAACAACGACAACAACAAAAAAAUAGACUUGUUCAGUUUCUUUUUAUUGACAGCUUUCUGAGCUAUAGCUUUAGUCAAGUGGGUAGGAUAUAAGACCCUAAUUGUCAGGAGGGCCAUUCAUUAGCCCUCUGACUCUGAAACCCCAACUCAGAAUUUGUGAAGAAUUUACACAGGAUGAAGAAAUAGAACUAUACCCUGGAAGUUCUUUUCAGCUUCCAGCUAUGCAGGGUUCCACUUGCUACUGUUCUCCCAGGGGAACUAGUCUGCUUCCUCUAGGAAUUGCUUUGAGGGGCUUUCUUUGUCUGGGCACACUCAGUCUGCAGGAAUGGAGGGCACUGUGUCCUAUGUCUGGUUUCAGUAGAUUCAGUAUAUCUUUCAAAAGACUCUAGAGGGAACUGCUCAGGACGGUAGAGCUUCAUGAGUCCCUCAUUUAUCGCAUUUCCUCUAGCCUUUUCAUUCAGGGCUCUUCAGAGUGUGUAUGUGUUUGGAGUCACACAGUUAGUAAGUGACAGACUAGAACUAGAACCUACAUGCAUUUGACUCCCAAGCCUGAGAACUAGGAUGGAUGCCAGACAGCAGGGUGGAGAGAAAAAUAGACUCUGGAGAGAAGGCAGGAAACAGGAGAGAAAGAGAAAUGAAAAGAUAAAUGUCAUCCCACUUGAUGAUUCUAGUUGCUGAUUCUAUUGCUAAACCUGCAAACAAGGAAAAGUCCUCAGAUAAUCAAGAGACAGGAAGCAUGGCAGAGUUCUCUCACACUUCCCCAAAGUUCACCAACUCUGAGCAAAUCUGACUGUUGACCCCAGGGAACUUUUUGCUUAUGUUAACUGAAGGCUUCUCCAGAAUUUGAAAAGGAAGAACUGAACUUUCACCUGGAAUGAGAGUAGCAUGCUUCUAUUUACUGCGGGGAAGUGAGGAAGGAGGUAGCUCAAGGACAUCAAGAUAGUGGCCCUGUGAUCACCUAAUAUCUGGCUCCUGCUAAUAUGUGGCAUAGAUCAGAUCUGGUAGCAGGAUAGAUGCACAUUUCUUAUUUUAUUUAUUUAUUUAUUUAUUUAUUUAAUUUAAAUUCAAUUAAUUAACAUAUAAUGUAUUAUUUGUUUCAGCGGUACAGGUCUGUGAUUCAUCAGUCUUAUAUAAUACCCAGUGCUCAUUAAAUCAUGUGCCCUCCUUAAUGCCCAGCACCCAGUUACUCCAUUCCCCCCACCCACUUCCCUCCAGCAACCCUCAGUUUGUUUCCUGAGAUUAAGAGUCUCUUAUGCUUUGUCUUCCUCUCUGGUUUCAUCUUGUUUCAUUUUUUUCUCUCUUCCCCUAUGAUCCUAUGCCAUGUUUCUUAAAUUCCACAUAUGAGUGAGAUCAUAUGAUAAUUGUCUUUCUCUGAUUGAUUUAUUUCACUUAGCAUAAUACCCUCUAGUUCCAUCCACGUUGUU